AUGGAGGCUGCCAUGUCUGCAGUUGCAGGUGAACUCCUAAGCCGGUUCAUCUCCUUCCUGAUCAACAAGUACCACUACUCCAGCCAUACACAAUCAGAGAAGGCGGUGGAGAGGUUGCAGCAUCUUCUGAUGAGAGCUUGCACUGUCGUCGAGGAGGCGGACACACGAUACAUAACCAACUCUGGGAUGAUGAUGCAGCUCAAGAUGCUCUCAGAGGCCAUGUACAGAGGAUACAGCGUGAUGGAUGCCUUGAGGUACCAAACCCUCCAGGGCAGUGCAGGCUUCGACGAGGUUAGCACUAACGACACAUCUAGCAGCAGCUUGCAUUUCACCAUUCCUUUCAAGCGUUCUCGAACAAUAACUCAGAAAGAUGGCAAGGCCAUGCGCCAUGAGCCAUAUGGUGCCUUGGAAAGAUUAGAAGUUGCUCUAGCUAAUAUGGCAGAAUUUGUUGUGCUUCUGGGUGGAUGCGAGCGCAUGUCUCGCAGGCCAUACGACCUUUAUCUUUACACCGACAACUUCAUGUUCGGCCGACACACUGAAAAACAAUAUCUUUUGAGCUUCUUGUUGCAGCAAAACCCUCCUGGUGAUGCACCGCUUGUUCUUCCGAUCAUAGGUGGUGCCAAAGUUGGGAAGAAAACUUUGGUUGCUCAUGCAUGUGGCGACGCAAGGGUUCGUUCACGCUUUUCUUCUGUUUUGCACUUGAAUGGAGGCAACCUAUUGAGAAUACUUGACCAUGGAAAGACCAUGUUUGGGUUGACGAUGUUGGUUGUUAUUGAGUUUGCUUCUGAUGUCUGCGAUGCUGACUGGAAAAAGUUUCAAUCAUUUUUCAUAAGAAUGGACAGAGGGAGUAAGAUCAUAAUCAUAAGUAAGCUUAAAAUAUUAGCCCGGUUUGGAUCAGUGAAACCAAUUUUCCUUAAGGUUCUAUCUUAUGAUGAGAUGAGGUACCUUUUCAAGGCAAUGGCAUUCGGGAGCGUAGACCCCAAAGAACAUCCACAGCUAGUACAAAUAGCAGAUGAAUUUGUCAAGGUGGUGCAUGAUGUGCGAGGUUCACUCGUCGAAAUAAAUGUGUUUGCGGAUGUGCUGAGAAGGAACCUCAAUGUUCAAUUUUGGCGUUGCAUAUUGAACAAGGGGGUAAGAUACUUUAGAAGGAACCUCUCCAUAUAUGGUGUGCACCCUGGCAUUCUUAUAGAACAAGGCCAUCUAGUGGACAUUUCUGACUUUGCUCUGCAUCCACUUAGCAUGACAUUAGGGGAACCGCCACUUAAUGUUUCAAUCAAGGUGGAACCACCAAGUGUUAUAUUGGGGGAACUUCUAGCAAAUCCUAGCGUGAGACCGAAAGGAGACUUCACCUUAAUUGCAUGGAAAUCAAGGAUAGCGCCUCAUAAAUCAUUCACUCAUUAUGUUACAAGUCAUGCUCCAGAAACAUAUGAAGGUGCCAAGUUGGAAGGUAGUGCCUUGCCAAGGAGGAAGCGACGAGGAGUGCCAAUCUAAUUUUGUUUCAGAACUCUGUGUAAUGUAACUCUUGUUGUAUUUCCGACACAUGACAAACGGUUGUGUUUAUCAUUGAA